GGCGAACUCCCGGGGCGUGAGGGGCGCCAGGCGCGGAGAGGAGCUCCGCCCCGAGCCGCCCCGUCACGUCACGCUCACGCGGCGCCGCGACCCGCGCACAACGAUAUUUGGAUUUGAACUGCAUUUUAGAAUUCAUCUUUACUUACAAUGCCACCAUCAAACGGAGGUCCAGUUGGAUACACGCCCCCAGAUGGAGGCUGGGGGUGGGCAGUGGUUGUUGGAGCUUUCAUUUCCAUUGGCUUCUCUUGUGCUUUUGGCAAAUCUAUUACUGUAUUUUACAAAGAAAUUGAAGAAAUAUUUAAAGCCAGCACCAGCGAAGUGUCAUGGUUAUCUUCCAUCACAUUUGCUGUCAUGUAUGGUGGAGGUCCUAUCAGCAGUAUCCUGGUGAAUAAAUAUGGCAGUCGUCCAGUUAUGAUUGUUGGCGGCUGCUUGUCAGGCUGUGGCUUGAUCACAGCUUCCUUCUGUACCACUGUGCAGGAACUUUACUUGUGUGUCGGAGUCAUUGCAGGUCUUGGGCUUGCCUUCAACUUGAAUCCAUCUCUGACCAUGAUUGGCAAGUAUUUCUACAAGAGGCGACCAUUAGCAAAUGGACUGGCCAUGGCAGGCAGCCCUGUGUUCCUCUCCGCCCUGGCCCCCCUCAACCAGGCUCUUUUUGCUGUCUUUGGCUGGAGAGGAAGCUUCCUAAUUCUUGGAGGCAUCCUACUAAACUGCUGUGUGGCUGGAGCACUGAUGAGACCAAUAGGGCCCAAGCCAACAACUGCAGGGAAAGAGAAGUCUAAAGAAUCCCUUCAGGAAGCUGGAAAAUGUGAUGCAAACAAGGGGGCAGGUGAUGCAAAUACAGAAGUUAAUGGCAGAAACCCCCCAAAGGAGAAACAAUCCGUUUUCCAAACAGUUAACAAACUUCUGGACUUAUCCCUAUUCAAACACAGAGGCUUUAUGCUGUACCUCUCUGGGAAUGUGAUAAUGUCUUUUGCGCUGGCUACACCUUUAGUCUUUCUUAGUAAUUAUGCCAAGAGUCAACAUCACUCUAGUGAGAAGUCUGCCUUCCUUCUUUCCAUUCUGGCUUUUGUUGACAUGGUAGCCAGACCUUCUAUGGGAUUUGUAGCCAACACAGAGUGGAUAAGGCCUCGAGUUCAGUAUUUUUUUGCUGCUUCUAUUAUUGCAAAUGGAGUGUGUCAUAUGCUAGUACCCUUAUCCUCUAGCUACAUAGGGUUCUGUCUUUAUGCGGGAUUCCUUGGAUUUGCUUUUGGGUGGUUUGGCGCCGUAUUGUUUGAAACGCUGAUGGACCUGGUUGGAUCCCAGAGGUUCUCCAGUGCUGUGGGAUUGGUGACCAUUGUGGAAUGCUGUCCUAUUCUCCUGGGGCCACCACUUUUAGGUCGUCUCAGUGACAUAUACGGAGACUACAAAUAUACAUACUGGGCAUGCGGCAUAAUCCUUAUUGUCUCAGGCAUCUAUCUCUGCAUUGGCAUGGGCAUCCAUUAUCAACUUGAGGCAAAAGAACAGAAGGCAGAGGCGAAGCAGAAUAAGGAAAGUAAAGAGAUGGAACCAAAAGAAGUUAUUAAAGCUGCAAAAUCUCCAGAACUGAAAGGCCCAGAAGCAGGACCCAAAGAGGAGACACUUUCAGGCUGAAGUCAGAGAUAAACAGAAGCUUUGGAGCAAAGAUACUUGAAAAAUUCUACUGAAUCAUGUUCUACUCUUGGUGCUAACAGUGGAUAGUGGACAUUUGUGUGGAAGUCAUACCAGGUGUUCAUUGAUAGAACUUUUAUUUCCUUCCUUUACAACAGUCAUAAUAAAUAUGUCACGUCCUUUAGGGGCAGGGG